AUGCCAAGAACCGUGUCGGACGGAGGCGAGGACUUUGACGGCGACGUCUCCAGCCAGACGGGGUCGCACCGUUACACAGACAGCAACAGCACCCACCACCACCACCACCAUGGCUACAAGGUCGGGUUCCCGCCGGCGAAGGGCCUCCUCGCGGAGUUCGCAGAUGGGGUGAAGGAGACAUUCUUCGCCGACGAUCCGCUGCGGGAGUACAAGGACCAGCCGAGGUCCAAGAAGCUGUGGUUCGGCCUGGUGCACCUCUUUCCGGUGCUGGACUGGGCCAGGAGCUACACCUUUGGCAUGUUCAAGGGGGACUUCAUCGCCGGCCUCACCAUCGCCAGCCUCUGCAUACCUCAGGACAUUGGUUAUGCACAGCUUGCUUUCCUGCCAGCACAUGUUGGGCUCUACAGUAGCUUCGUUCCACCUCUGAUAUACGCUGCGAUGGGCACUUCCAGGGACAUAGCCAUCGGUCCAGCAGCCGUCCUGUCGCUAUUGCUCGGGACUCUUCUCCAGGAAGAGAUCGAUCCGGUUAAGAAUCCACAUGAGUACAGCAGGCUGGCGUUCACCGCAACAUUCUUCGCAGGGAUCACUCAGGCAAUGCUCGGAUUCUUCAGGCUAGGGUUUAUCAUAGAGUUCUUGUCUCAUGCAGCCAUCGUUGGUUUCAUGGCGGGUGCAGCCAUUACCAUUGGCCUUCAGCAGCUGAAAGGCUUCCUUGGCAUCGCAAAAUUCACCAAGCAGUCUGACAUCAUCUCGGUCAUGGAAUCGGUAUGGGGAAAUAUACAACACGGGUGUAACUGGCAGACGAUAUUGAUUGGAGCAUCCUUCCUGGCGUUUCUUCUAACAACCAAAUACAUUGCCAAGAAGAAUAAAAAGCUCUUCUGGGUUUCUGCAAUCGCUCCGCUCAUUUCAGUGAUCGUAUCCACAUUCUGUGUGUUCAUCACCCGUGCAGACAAGCAGGGUGUUGCAAUUGUCAAGGAUAUAAAGCAAGGCAUCAAUCUACCUUCAUUUCAUCUCAUAUAUUGGUCUGGCCCAUACUUAGCUAAAGGAUUCAGAAUUGGUGUAGUGGCCGGAAUGGUCGGCUUAACGGAAGCAAUCGCAAUUGGAAGAACAUUUGCUGCCAUGAAGGACUAUCAAAUAGAUGGGAAUAAAGAAAUGCUGGCCCUAGGAACGAUGAACAUUGUUGGUUCAAUGACUUCAUGCUACGUAGGCACAGGUUCUAUGUCGCGAUCAGCAGUCAAUUACAUGGCUGGCUGCAAAACAGCAGUAUCCAAUGUUGUUAUGGCAAUUGUAGUGAUGCUUACGCUGUUGUUGAUCACUCCAUUGUUCAAGUACACGCCCAAUGCCAUUCUAGCUUCUAUCAUCAUAAAUGCAGUGGUUAGCCUAGUUGACUAUGAAGCGGCGUACCUUAUCUGGAAGGUUGAUAAAAUGGACUUCAUGGCAUUGCUAGGAGCAUUCUUUGGGGUCGUAUUUGCAUCAGUGGAGUACGGCUUGCUCAUUGCGGUUGCAAUAUCUCUUGGCAAAAUUCUUCUCCAAGUAACACGGCCAAGAACAGCUUUACUCGGUAACCUUCCAAGGACAACAAUCUACACGAAUGUUGAACAAUACCCAGAGGCUAGCAAGGUACCCGGGGUUAUGAUUGUCAGAGUGGACUCAGCCAUCUACUUCACAAACUCCAAUUAUGUUAAAGAGAGAAUCCUGAGAUGGCUGAGAGACGAGGAGGAACAACAGCAGGAACAGAAGCUGUCCAAAACAGAGUUUCUCAUUGUUGAGCUAUCUCCGGUGACUGACAUCGACACAGGUGGAAUCCAUGCCUUGGAGGAGUUGUUGAAAGCACUUGAAAAGCGCAAAAUUCAGCUGAUCCUCGCCAAUCCCGGGUCAGCAGUGAUCCAGAAGCUGCAGUCAGCAAAAUUCACGAAGCUCAUCGGCGACGACAAGAUAUUCCUGUCCGUAGGCGAUGCGGUGAAGAAAUUUGCUCCGAAGUCAGCCCUGAACGUGUGA